AUGUGCCUCAAACUUUGCUUUGUUCUCCUGCUUUUACCCGUUUUGGCUCAGAGUGCAGCUGCAUUGUCUGCAGAGACAAGGAAGUCUUUAAUUAAGGGAUUUUCCAAUGAAACACUGUUAGAACCGGACAGUGAGCCCGACAUAGUGGAACUCAGCGAGAAAGGCGGUGUUGCCGACUUUCUUUUCCAGUCGGAUAUUAAUUUAUCUGAGGAACAGCUGGAGUCGAUUGAGAAAAGUAUCGCCUCGAACGAAAGCACUCGAAGUAAACGUCAAGUAGCCGUGAAUGCUGGUCUUUGGUUGGAUAAUACUGUCUAUUACUACUAUGAUCCAAGUAUAGUUCAACGGAAAAAAACCAUCACCAAGAUGGCACUAAAUUACAUUCAAGCUCGGACAUGUAUUAAUUUUGUCGAAAAUUCAACAGCUUCGAAUCGAAUACGAGUAUUCAACGGUGGCGGAUGUUAUUCAGCGGUUGGCAGACGAGGUGGUGAACAAGAUCUAUCGCUGGGAGAUGGUUGUGCUCAGAUGGGUCUUGUCGCACACGAAUUCACACAUGCCCUGGGGGUUUGGCAUAUGCAAAUGCGAGAUGAUCGUGAUGAUUAUAUUCGAGUUGAUUUGACAAAUGUGGCGCCAAAUAUGCAAGGAAAUUUCUAUAAGGUCUCCUCGGCUGAAGUUAUAAACUACAAUCCGUACGAAUAUGGCAGUAUUAUGCAGUAUGCAUCAAAUACAUUCACAAGCAAAGGGAACUCAAUGAUUCCGCUUGAAGGACGUUUUCUACGCACGUUGGGUUCUCGUGCGAUCUCAUUCUAUGACAUUAAAACAAUUAACGAUCACUACAAUUGCAUUGAUCAAUGUACAGUUGCUCCAGCUGCAUGUGCAAAUGGUGGUGAACCAAAUCCAAAAAAUUGUACAAUUUGUAAUUGCCCGUAUGGAUACGGAGGAGCUUUGUGUGAUCAACGGCCUUCUGGUUGCGGUGCGACACUUACAGCGACCGCCAAAUGGCAGGUGAAACAAUUCACCUUCGGAAAUGCCAAAGUGACUACGAAUCGGGAUACGUUUAUGCUCUGUAAUCACUGGAUAAAGGCACCCGCUGGGAAACAAAUCCAAGUCCGUGUCACAUAUAUAAAGGACCCGAAAUGUCAAAUUGGCUGCAGACUCAACGCCAUCGAACCAAAAAUCAAAGCGGAUAAUUUGAUCACAAAUGCGAGAAUAUGUGGACAUUUCCCAAAUAAAAAAUUAACACCUGUUUCAAUGAUUAAAAAGAGUUUCGCAAAGAAGGAAAAAUGCUCUGGAGGUCUAUUUCUGAUCCCAUGCCUUGGAUCCUUGGAUCCACCAUGA